CUGGAGGCUUCGUGAACAAAAAUGAGGAGUCGCACGUGGUCGAGGACGCGGACGACACUGCGGACGCAAAGGACCUCGACUUUGCGAAUACCACUAAGGAGGUGAACUUGGUCACGGUCGGCAAGGGCAUCAGCGAUGGAGGAGCUACUCGACCUGUCAUGGGCGACCAGAAUUGGCGACAGCGGGAGGAGUACCUGCGAGCCAAGCAGCUCAUCCACGACGCGAAGUACGAAAACAGCGACCGCAGGUUCAGGAAAGAGAUCGCCAUCCCCCUGGUGCCUGGGUGGGCGCCGCUCCUCAUCGCGAAGCCGCGCAUGGAGGCGCGGGGGCUGGUCCAGGCCUAUCGCGAGGGCAAGUUCAUGCUGAAGGGCCACCCCGAGAAAGGCUGGAUGACAUCCGAGCGCGACGAGAAAGGGCACUUCAUUAUCGACCUGUUAGGCUGCGCCGGCAAAGCGCCCGACGACGUCGCGAACAUGGGCGCCCCCGCGGAGGGCGAGAGCAGCAGCGCCAGCGACGACUCAUCCGAUCGCGCUUCAAACGGUUCGGGACCUGAAGACGACGCCGCGGACUCGAUCAUGGGGGACGCCGACGCGCACUACCUAGAGACGUACGCGGAGUUUCUGGCCCCGGGCGAGACGGACGAGAUCACGUUCAUAGACGAGUCCGGGGAUCCAGAGGACGGCGCCAGGAAGGGCCCGAACGGCAUGCCGCCGGACGUCUACUCAGACUUGAUCCUCGCAGUGGAGAGCGCCGAAGACGGGAUGCGCUCGGUACUGCAGGGCCCUGCUUCGAGAGUCGUCUGGGCGGUUUUCGUGGACCUGGGCCGGCUCUCCACCGAGCUGCUGAACUACCCGAUGGUCGAGGUGGCGCAUGUCAAGCAGAGCGAGGGCUGGGGCUUCUCGGAGCCGCGCGUCAUUCGGCAGCUUCUGGAGGCCAUCGACAGGGAGAAGCCAGGCGACAUCUGCAUCGCCCCGCCGCGCGCCAACUGGCGCACGCGGCAGCGCGCGAGCGCGCCCCUCUCGGAGAGGCGCCAGGAGGCGAUCGUCAAGGCGAGGGGGGGCGAGGGCGCCACCUUCCUGAAGAUGGCGAAACAGGCUUUCGACAAGCAGGCCGCCGCUGGACGCCAUGCGCAUGUGGAAGGACCCUUGAGCGGACGUCGUCAGAAGACACAGACGUGGCAAAGGCUCAAGGGUGACUUUUGCAGGUUGGAUCAGUGUCGACUUGGAGCCGAGCAUGAGAUCGACGGAGUGACCGAGCCGCACCAGGAGCCGACAAGACUGCAGUCAACCAACUACGAGUUCAUCAGGAACAUGAGAACGGGAUGCAAGUACAAGACGGAGCGCGCGGUGCUUCGUGGGAAGCUAGCGUCUCGAGCCCAGAAUUAUCCAGUAAGAAUGGCGAAGCGCAUGGCAUACCUCAUCGCGCAUCAGGGACGCGAGGAAGACAUUGAGGGGGUCGACGAGAUCCACGCCACAGAAGAAGUCGGACCCGACUACGACUUGGGCGAGUACAACGACGCCAUGCGGGAGCUCACGCAGCGCUACAAAGCGUCCGCCGUGCGAGCCGUCACGCCACGCUCAGUCCGCGUAGCGGUCCUGCCCAAGGCCAAGCGCUGCAACCAGGGGGUCUGCACGGACGCGUACUACAUCAUGUUGAAGAAGAAGAUGCGUAAGGUCCUAGCCACCAUGGGCGAGUUUUCUAGGUACGAGGUUGGCUACCCGAUCAAAAAGGAGAAGUUCAGGCGCGAGACGAAACUGCGGGAAAAGCCGUGGAUCAGCUGGGCAGGGAAACCCGGCUGCAUGCGCACGGGCGCUGGAGGAUCGCGCGCGGCAGCCAAGAUGCAGAUGUGGAUGGGCGAGCGCAACAUCGAGUUCGACAUCACCCCCAAGGGUGCUCACCACAAGCUUGCGUUGGUCGCGCAGCCCGAGAUCCCUGGAGCGUUGAGCGACGAGGACUUCGGCUUAGCCAAGCAGUCCGCGUUGACCGACCCGAAGAGCGAGGUGCACGAGAUCGCGGUGCGUCGCAUGGCCGCGGGCGCUGGCUUCAUCGAAGCGAACUGCCCCCGCGCCUUGCGAGCCGCCUUGCUCGCGCGCAGCCGCCCCGCGCGCAGGGACUACGAGAUCGGCGAGUUGGCGUGCUACUGGGGGCCAGACAAGGACAGAGCGCUGGAGAAGCGCCGCUGGCACGGGCCCGCGCUGGUCGCGGCCGUGGAGGCGAAGUCCAACGAGGACGAGGUGCUACACGCAGGCGUGGUCUGGGCGACACACGGGCGCACCAUCUACAGAUGCGGCUUGGAGCAGCCACGACCUGAGCUGGCGUCGGAGAAAUGGGGGCGAGAGGCAAGGCCUGGCGACCCGUGCUGCCCGCUCAGCACCAUGGAGAAGCUGCGGAAGGCGAUCGAGCAGACCGGAGGGGCGUUCCACUUCCAGGGCCUGGCUCGCAUCCAGCAGUUGGCCAGACGCAGCGUGGAGGCGAACGGCCGCGUGGGCGGGGCGCCGAGUAAGGAGGCGCGGCUCACCUGGGCGCCGUUAGAGGUCACAGCCGAGAGCGCGAAGUUCAUGGAGGACGAAGAUGUUGCAGAGUUGCUCUUGCUGGAGGAGACGGCCGAGACCGCGUUCAUGGUCGCGCGCAGGCGGAAGGCCUUCAACAAGGACGAGGGGUGGGAGCCCAUCAGCGAGUCCGAGGUCGACCCGGCCGCCUGCUGCCCGCCACGGUUCUCGCUGAAGUGGGCGCUGAAGGACGGCAAGCAGAUGCGGGAGAUGUUGUCACAACAAAUCGAACUGGAACCUGGGCUGUUGUUGAAGAUGAUUGAGCCAUGCUUCGGAGACCCGCGGUCGCCGACGCUGCGGCGCUACCGCUCCGGUGAAGUCACCCGGGAGAUCGGGUUCAAGAACCAUUGGCUCGAAGACUGCCUGUUACUCAGCCUGGGGAUCGCGAAGGCCGGCGACGACCCUGUCGACGUCUGCGUGAUCGACGGCCAGAACUACGCGGUGACGCGAACGCAGUGGACGGAUCUGCGCGCGCCCGUGGACGACCCCGAGUCGUUCAAGGUCAGGCUCGCCCUACUUAAACAGAAGUUCAAUCUCGGCAAGUGGGACUUCGUUAUCGAGCUGAUGUUCACGGGUGGCGAGCUGGAGCAGAACGUCAACACCUGCGCGACCACGCAAAUACUUGAAAAAUACUUGCACGCGGUCAAACCGAACACCGUCGACAAGGUCCGUCGGGCGAACCCGGCGAAUCCAUUGGCAUCGAAGGAUCUGACGAGUUUCAGGGCGAUGCAUGGGCAGCUGCAGUGGCCAGCCGCGCAGACCAUCAUCAUUGCAGCCGCAGCCGUGCCGAUUCGCGCUACUGCGACGGGCAACGCCACCGCGCAGGACUUGACCGACGCGAACAAGGCCCUGCGAUUCCUGAAGACCAAUGCGGACGUCGGGUUGUACUUCGGUUUCGACAAGCCGUGGGGCGCCAUGUGGAUUGGAGCUCGCUCGGAUGCCAGCUGGGCGAGCCGACCAGGCGGGGGCCCGCAAGGCGGUUGCCAGAUCUUCAUCUGGCCUGCCGAAGAGCUUGAGGCCGCCGCGUUGGGCGUGGACUCGCUCAUGUGGGUGAAGAUCUACGCGGCGCUCAGCUUAAGGCCCGACCUGACGGGCGACGAGGCGAUGACGUACUUCGGCCAGUCCCCGUUCAUCACGGACGCCAUGUGCCUCUACGAUGCCUCGCGGUCAGUUACCGCGGGAUUGGGCAUCGCCGAGAAGCGCGCCGCCAUCGAAGUCAGGAUCGCGAACGAACAGGUGAAGGAGAUUGACGCGGUCUGGGGGCGGGUCAACACUCUACAGCAGCUGGCCGAUGGGCUUGCCAAGCCCAGCAGCCGCCAGACGCCAGCGGACAUACUACGACGCGGAGUGCACGCGCUGAAGUACGACCCGAACUUCGCGGCGGGGAAGAAGCUAAGCAAGAGGCAGGUGGAGCUGCGCGAGCAAGAGCUGGAGCAAACCAACGACGAACAUGCGGGCAACACCGAGACUACGGAACAGCCGAAGCAGAUAGCGCGACGUGGGUACUACGGAGCGAGCGGGAGGAGGCUGGCAGCUACUCUAGCUGCAAGCGCCGCUUCAGGAAGCCAGGGACUCGACACGGGCACCUCGGUUGAUCUGGACGGUGGCGCGUGGGACCUCCUGAAGCUUCUCGUGUUUGUGAUCGUGCUAUCGCUGGGCAUCGGGCUGGCGAUCAGCUGUUGCAUGGGGAGAAAGCUUGGCGCAACGCUGGCCCAGCAGAAGAUGGAUAACCCCAUGGACACG